GCAGAUGAAAACAAACAGAUUCAAAGCCUUGUGUUGAUCACCAAUGAACCCAACAAAAAUCCUCGAUGAUUCCUCAUUAGAGCAACAAUCUAAUCCUGCCAUCGAAACCCUCCAAUCCUCAGUUCAUAAUCUAGUCAAAAGCUGGCACAGAAGGCAACAAUGGAAGCUCCUCUUCAAUCCAGCUGAUGAUGAACAAGGCCAGAACAAACGAGCACCAUGGAGAAACAACCUGAUUAAAUUCCUGGAAUCAACGAAAAUUCGUGCUGUCGCAAUCUCACUGUUGCUGGUUGAUCUCAUCUUAACUAUUCUUGAACUUUCAUUUUCUUUAUUGUCAUGCACACCGGAAAAGAAGAAUUACAAGAUAGAAAGACUUUGGUUCCACUGGGUAGGGAUCGCCAUACUGAGCCUUCUCUCUGCUAAGGCAAUAGCGCUUGCUGUGGGGCUAGGCAGCUCCUUGUUUCGGCGACCAGGUUAUGUAGUUGAUGGUGCGGUUGUUAUAGGUGCAUUAAUUUUGGAAGCAUUGUUGGAGAAGAAAGGAGGAGGUUUGCUUGUUGUGGUGAGUUUAUGGCGAGUGGUUAGAGUUGUGGAGAGUGCGUUUGAGUUGAGUGAUGAAGCCAUUGAAGCUCAGAUUGACGGGAUACUUUGCCAGUUUGAGCUUGUUAGAGAGGAGAACACAAGAUUAUUAGAGACGAUUGCCGAGAAGGAUAUGGUCAUAAACAAGUUACAAGAGAUUAUAGAGACGUUACAGCAAGUGAUGAAAUGUGAUCAAUGCAGACAAUUGUAGACAACGAAUGCAUCUUUUAUAGAUUGUAGAUUUCUUUUCUUUUUUUUUUUCUU